UCUGUGCGCAAUUUGUAAAUUGGCGCUUAUAACGUUCAAUCCGAUUUUUUUUAGUUUAUUUGUAGAGGAAAUUUUCUAAUUUGAUAAUUUAAUAACUACUAUCCUACUAUAGUUUCGCGAAAACUGCGAAUGUUGUUGAUAAAAGCAAAACCUCAUUUCAGUGAAUAUAAGUACGUGCUCUAACCUCAACGUGCCGCCGGUUCGGUACGCGCAUUUGCAAUUUCGCAGGUUUGUCGCGGAUUCCGGAUUUCAUUAGUUGCCAUGUCCAUUUUAGUAGAAUGCAAAAAAUUGUGCUUACGGCGAUGUAUGGCUGCUCUCGUAUAUAGCAUAGCUAUGCAAUACAUGCUGCUUGGAAUAUUCCUCUUCUUCAUCAACUUUCAAGUUCUGCAUCCUUUGAAGUGGGUAGGAGACACUGUGGGUUUAUUUUUUUCAUUUUACACCUGGUUCAGCAUUUUGCCCCUGAUUGGAGCAGUUAUUUUAUACUGUAUAUUACUGGGUAAAUCAUUUCUGGUAGUCAAGCGUUAUUAUGCCACACGGUUUCAAUGGUUAGUAUAUUCUGCUCCGCGCAAAGCAUUGUUCCUCGUAUUGCAUCUACUGGUGGGUUAUUUGACAGCAUGGCUAUAUGCUAAUUUUUGGCACGUCGAUUACAGAAAUUUUGUUUGCGACUGCUACGGCACAAAGUGUAUCAACGGACGUUAUUUGUUCCUCGUUUGUGUUGGAAUCUUUGCAGCAUGCCUGCAUUUCGCCAAAGAGAAUUUGCGUAAAGAUCCAGAAUUAGAAUUUCCUAUCGUUCAAGAAUUAUUGUGGGUUCGAAUUCGUUCCUUAGUCUAUCGAACGCUGUAUCAUUCUAUGUUGCGAUCAUUUACACCUACAAUUUCUUUUGGACUCGUUUAUUGGCUAAUUGGCGGAAUAAUUACCAGUUACUUUGCUGAUGCGUUUGGUGUAGAUGUUGAUGAGAGUAUGCAGUCUUUCUUCGCUAUUGCGGUAAACCUGCGCCUGUUGUUUUACGGCUGGAUUUUGGCUGCACAAAUCCUAAGCAACAUGCAUCUCAUGCAACACUUUUUCGCUAUACAACUUUCGGAAGAGGUCACUUUUGUUAUUGAACGGAAGCCUGUAUUGUGCGGUGUUGGCAUUGAAGAAAUAACAUUGGUCGAUGCAAUCAAUUCACCGUUAGUACCAGUGGUGCAAAAUUUGGGCGCACGAGAUUUAUAUAGAAUAUCCAGCAAUAAAGCGGAAUCGAGACGUAAAGAAAUCUAUGCGCUGUCAGUGCCCGGCGCCCACCCAUACAACUGGAACCAAUUGUCUGCGCAAUGCUUAAGUCUUAUUAACGCAUUUACGGAGGAGUUAGCAGCAUCACUUAAAAAGAUAUCUGCCGUUAAAACUACACCACUUUUUGCCACCGUUAAGCCAACAACUGCAACUGACGCUGCUGAGAAAAUACUGCUGCGUCAGUAUAAUGAAACCUUUGGUAUCAGACGCAUGAUGGCCGAACCUUGUCAAGAAAAUAUUGAAACAACUAUGAAGAUGUCACCUGCCUGCAAACGUAUACACGAUAAGGUGGAGAAAAUGAAGAAACAAUUAGAACAAACUUUGCGCGCCGCUUUCCGAACAAUACCCGGUCUGUUUUAUAUGUUUGGCGAAACAGAAGGAGCUCGAACCACAUUUUUACUCUCCAACUCGGAUACGAUUUUGUGGACAGUGCAAGGUUUGGCCGGCAUAUGUGCUGCCUCACUGACCGAAGACAAAUAUGGUGUGGUGCAAGUUACCCUACCACAAGUUAUCAAAUCGUUGCUUGGGCUGAAAACUGAACUAGACAAAUUGAAUAACGUAAAUUUAAAUGGUAAGAAGUUGGAUCGAAACUUUGUCGUACUUAAAAAUGGUGUAAAACGUAGUUUGUACAAUAUAUGCACAGUUUUUCGCGACUAUUUGCGCGAACUAGUCGACAGUGCUGAAGAUCUACGGAAGUUACAGUGCUAUGUGCAUUAUAUGGAGACAUAA